AUGAACACAUGUUGCUUGAAAAGCAGACAAGACAAAGACAAAAAAAUCGUGGAACUUUCAGAGAAAAUACAGGAGCUAAGUGAAAAAGUGAAGUUGCUGGAAGUUCAAAUUGUAGCCAAACAGGAUAAGGGAUUGAAGCAUUCAGAUCUGAGAAAUGACCAGACUGUAAAUUUACUGACUGGUAUCCCAUCAAAGCCUGCCUUUCACAAAUUAUUUGACUCUGUCAAAGGAUCUAUAAAAAAAGUGAGAUAUUGGAGUGGCCCUAAGAAAACAUCCAGAAAAGGCAGGAACUUUAGGAAAUCACCAAAAAAAUUUGGACCAAACCGGGCUCUUUCUCAAAAGGACGAGUUUCUUUUAACACUAAUGAAACUCCGUUUGGGAUCCACCAAUGCAGACCUUGCACAAAGAUUUGGAAUUUCACGAAGUACCGUAUCAACUAUUUUCAACACAUGGGUCAAAAUUUUGGCUAAUGAACUGAAAUGCCUAAUAUACAAUCCUAGCAUGGAAGUUGUUAAGAAAACACUGCCAAAGAAGUUCAAAAAACCAGGAUACUGCAAGGUGCGCCAUAUAAUAGACUGCACUGAAAUUUUUAUAGAGACCCCAAGCAACCCUGUAAUCAGAGCAUCAACGUGGUCAGAUUAUAAGCACCACAAUACUGCAAAAAUCCUAGUUUCAAUCACCCCAAAUGGGGCCUUCAACUUCAUCUCCGAGGCAUGGGGUGGGCGCACCUCAGAUGUCCAUUUAACAAGGGAAUCAGAGUUUUAUAACAUCCUUGAGCCAUAUGAUGCAGUAAUGGCAGAUCGUGGAUUCACUAUUGCAGAGGAUCUUUUGCUUCACAGAGCUGACCUUUUUAUUCCGCCAGGGAAACGUGGACAAGAGCAGUUCACGAAAGCUGAUGUACAGAAAACUAAAACAGUAGCUAAUCUACGCAUUUUUGUAGAACAGGCCAUCAGGCGGCUGAAAACAUUCCGUAUAAUCAAGAACGAACUGCCCAUCUCUCUUAUUGGUAAUCUUGAUAACAUUAUUAUUGUCUGUGCUGCAUUAUGCAAUUUGUACAAGCCUCUUUGCAAGUAA